GAGGGGAAGGGGGAAGAGAAGGGAUGAGAAGGGGUUGUCAAACUACCCAAGGGGUUGGGUUGACUUAACAUCACAUCAAUAUGGUGAACUUUAAUUGAAUAACUUCUUGUCUACCUGUUUUCCCCAUCCGUGCUACUAAGUAUCUCGUGAUAUUUUGCUUUCCCCAAAAUUCAACAUGAUUCACAGCCUCUUCAUCAUUAACUCCUCCGGAGAUGUUUUUAUGGAGAAGCACUGGAAAAGUGUUAUAUCACGAUCAGUGUGCGAUUACUUCUUUGACCAACAACGUAAAGUCUCCUCUCCAGAAGAUGUUCCUCCGGUCAUUGCAACUCCUCAUCAUUAUCUCAUUAGCGUUUAUCGGUGUUCAAUGUUUUUUGUGGCUGUUUGCAUGACUGAGGUUCCUCCAUUAUUCGUGAUUGAAUUCCUGCACACAGUUGUGUCUACUCUAGAAGAUUAUUUCAGUGAAUGCUCUGAAAGUCUCAUAAAGGAGAACUAUGUGGUUGUAUAUGAGCUUCUUGAUGAGAUGCUUGACAAUGGAUUCCCUCUUGCCACUGAGUCAAACAUAUUGAAGGAGCUAAUCAAGCCACCAAAUAUACUGCGCACUCUUGCAAACACAGUCACAGGAAAAUCCAAUGUCAGUUCUAUCCUGCCUAGUGGUCAGCUAUCAAAUAUACCAUGGAGAAGAACUGGAGUGAAGUACACAAACAAUGAAGCAUAUUUCGACAUAGUUGAAGAGGUUGAUGCAAUUAUUGACAAGUCUGGAUCAACUGUCUUUGCAGAAAUUCAGGGAUAUAUUGAUUGCUGCAUCAAACUAAGUGGUAUGCCGGAUCUCACAUUAUCUUUCAUGAAUGCUGCUUUAUUUGAUGACGUUAGCUUUCAUCCUUGUGUUAGAUUUAAGCGUUGGGAGUCUGAACGUUUGCUCUCAUUUAUACCACCUGAUGGUAAUUUUAGGCUCAUGUCAUACCACAUCGGAUCCCAAAGUGUUGUUGCUAUACCUGUGUAUGUGAGGCACAGCAUAAAUUUCCGAGAAGCUGGCGGAGGACGCUUGGAUAUAACAGUUGGACCCAAGCAGACAGUAGGACGCACGGUUGAAAAUGUUGUAUUGGAAAUUCCCAUGCCAAAAGCAGUGUUGAACUGUAGUUUGACACCAUCUCAGGGAAAAUAUUCUUUUGACCCAGUUAGCCGAACUCUUGUGUGGGAUGUUGGGCGUAUUGAUACUACCAAGCUACCUAAUAUUCGUGGAACAAUCAACCUGCAAUCCGGAGCACCCCCUGUAGAGUCUAAUCCAGCAAUCAAUGUUCACUUCACAAUAAACCAAAUGGCUGUGUCUGGUUUGCGGGUCAAUCGUCUUGAUAUGUAUGGAGAGAAAUACAAACCAUUUAAGGGGGUCAAGUACAUAACAAAAGCUGGUCGCUUCCAAAUCCGAAUGUAAAAUGUGAACACAAACAAGAAAUCUACUGACUUUAUAUGUUUUGUUUUUGUAGUGAAAUUCCAUUUAUCCCAAAUGUUGUUAUACUGACUGUAUGAUUUAUUUUUGGUGUCUCUACUUUCUUUGAGUGUCCAGUUGUGUAUGGAACUUGAAUGAACCCUCCAGCUUGUAUUUUAUUAUUAUUCUUAUUAUAUUUUUAUACUGAGAAAAGA